AUAUAUUCUUCAUCUGGAUCGUGUCCGUUGGGGUACAUUGGUUGUUUUUGUUUUAGAUCUGGGAUUAGUUUCUGGUUGAAGAGAAGAGAGGAAUUGAGGAGGAACAAGAAAGAUGUUGGCAAUAUUCAAGCAGGGAUUGGCCGAUCCGCCAAAGGAGCUGAACAGCCCAGCCUCCUUGCGAUCUUCCAAGAAGCCAAAGCUUCCCCAAGACAUUCUCAAGGAUUUCUUGGCCAAUUGCAAGUCCAAGGACGCUCUCUCCAUUGCCUUCGCAAACAAUGCCUUCCUCGCUUUUGCUCCUUCCGAUAGCUCAUCCUCCUCCACUGAUCAACAACAGAGGUUGUUUUGUGUUGUGGAUGGGAUAUACUGCAUCUUCAUAGGGAGCUUAAAUAACCUAUGCAGCCUCAACAGGCAGUAUGGGCUGGGCAAGGCCAAUGAGGCCAUGUUUGUGAUAGAGGCCUACCGGACCCUCCGGGACCGAGGCCCGUACCCGGCCCACCAGGUCCUCAAAGAACUGGAGGGGAGCUUUGGGUUUGUGCUCUUUGAUGUAAAGGCUGGAACUGUCUUUGUUGCACAGGGUGCAAAUGAAGCUGUGAAGUUCUACUGGGGGGUAGGAGCUGAUGGGUCUGUUGUGAUCUCUGAUAACCAGAGGGCUAUGAAGGAUAGCUGCGCUAAAUCGUUUGCCCCUUUCCCAUCUGGGUGCAUGUACCACACUGUGAGGGGCCUGAUGAGCUUUGAGCACCCAAUGAACAAGAUGAAAGCCAUGCCUAGGGUUGACAGUGAAGGCACCAUGUGUGGGGCCUACUUCAAGGUGGAUGCCUUUUCAAGGAUGAGCAGCAUGCCAAGGGUUGGAAGUGCAGCCAAUUGGGCGACUUGGGGACCCUAAGCCUCAACUGGACUAAUUAACAUUGACCCAAGAGUCCAAGACUCGGCGCCUCUUCCUCCUUUUGCUGGCUGGCUUUGUUUUUUUGUUUUUUUGUUUUUUUUCAGAUUUCUGCGAUGCUCUCCUUUUGCUUGUUUCUCUUUCUGUAGCCGUUCCCCGGUGUAAAUUUGGCUUGGCACUCUUUUUAACACAUGCAAAAGCAGUGCUCCUUCUCAUGCU